CGACGUUAAAGUGGUAAGCGAGAGCGGGGUGAAAAAACUACCCCGCCCUUUUAGUGUCAUUCAUCAGACCGCUCUGAAAGAUUGUUUGGAGUGUCAUAUUUUCCACGAGAUCUCACUCAUCCAGCAGACAAUAUGACAUCAGCAAAGCCUGCGUUCACCCUUGAAUCAGCCACCCUUAAGGUCAAGGCCGCUCAAAACCUCUGGAACACCCAGAAUCCGAUUGAGGUUUCCAAGUCGUAUACUGCUGAUUGUAUCUGGCGCAAUCGGACCUCGUUUUUCUCUGGCACGGAAGCCAUACAGACGUUUCUUACGGCCAAGUGGAAAAAAGAGAAAUCUUACCGCCUGCGCAAAGAACUAUUCGCUUUUACUGAGAAUCGCAUCGCCGUGCAAUUCUGGUAUGAAUACCAAGAUGCCGAAGACGGUUAUAAGUGGAAACGCUGCUACGGAUUGGAAGAUUGGACUUUCGAUCAAGAUGGCAAAAUGAAAAAAAGGAUGAUGUCUGGAAAUGAUUUACUUCUAGGCCCGAAUGGAGACGGCUCGGGACGCUGGUUUGUGGAUGGAGCCGAUGUCAAUGAGGUGAAAAUCGGCGAAGAUCACUGGUGAAUACCGUGUGUACGAUAGUCCAGAAUAUACGUACAUCCCGUUUGUUCCAUGUGGAUAAUAUCUUCUGAUUCCUAUCCUAUGCCGCAUCCCAAUUAUGAAAGAUUAUGAAAUUGAGGCUUACGAUACUCGGCAACGGGAUUGAUUCCAUAACAAUCUCCUCGAUAUAUCCGAUGAACCUAUCAAGAGUUGUUUGGGGGCUGCCAGCGAUGGGCGGCACUUGUUGGUUCCAUUCUCGGACCCGCCUUGUGGGUGAGAGAUUUGGACCCUCCACCCGUAAAAUUGAGGGUGGAGGGUCACCCGUUGAGUCACCCUCAGGGUCCCGGCGAGGCCUAGUUAGUUAACUAACUAACUUAACUUCAAUACUAUGUAUAUACUCUA